GGCAGCUGGAAAGAAUGGAGUCGCAACCUCUCGAUUCGGACUCGGGCGUGGACGAGUCCCUCGUUGCGCCGCUGCUGGAGCUGGGCAUCCCGGAGGCCGCGGCGCGGCGGGCUCUGGCGCUCACCGGGGGCCGCUCUGCUGAGGCGGCGGCGCAGCUGUACUUCAGUAGCGGCCUCGAUUCUCAGGAGGAAGAGGAUGCUCAAGGCAGUGGUUACUAUAAAAUGGUCUUCGUGGUGAAUAUGGAGCUCUCUAUGGGAGCUGGAAAGAUUGCCGCCCAGGUGGGGCAUGCAGCAAUUGGCCUGUUCCAGCUGAUGCAGGAGCGGCCUACUCACAGGGACAUCAUUAACCAAUGGGAUGAACAUGGGGCCAAGAAAGUUGUCCUUCAGGGAUCCAACACGGACCAGUUGCUGGAGCUGCAUGCCUUAGCCCUGAGCCUGGAACUGCCAACAUACCUAGUGCAAGAUGCAGGGCGGACCCAGAUUCCAGCUGGGUCGCACACAGUCCUUGCCAUUAUGGGGGAAGAAGAGAUGGUGAAUCAGGUGACGGGGCAGCUCAAACUGCUGAACUGAGAAGUCCUUCGCAGCUUGGCUCGCCCGCCUUGGCGUUUCCGGGUGACCCUUGGGUGCGCGUGCCCUUCUCAGCGGGUGGGGAGAAGAGAGAGCAACUCAAGGCCCGUCUGGGCAGCAUGGAAAACAACAGGGCAGCUCUCGUUUAAAAGAGGAGCGCUCUUUCUUUUCUUUUCUUUUUUAUAAAGUGGAGGCUGUACAGAUCUGUGGCGGUUGGAUUUUUAGGGUGCUCCCAGGUGGGCUCGGUAAGAAGACGGGGUCUGUAUUCUCUGCACCAUGUCCGAACGAGGGGGGAUUCUGGGCAGGUGUUGCCGGGGGCUUCCGUUUUGCACCAUGGGGAAGCCAUGGAAGGAGCACUGUCGGGGGUGUAUGUAAUCUAUUGUAACCCCUCCCUGCAGGAGGAUAUCUUGUACCUAAAGCUUCCCCCAAAAUUGUCUGUCUUGUGUUGGGGGUAUUUUAAGGGGAGGGAAAGAAGGCUGUAGCCUCUCUAGACAGCUUAUUCUACCGCUGAACUGCCGUGUCUGCUAUAGGAAGCUGUAACUUCCCUGUUUAGCCCAAAGUCUGCCUUGUAGUAGUUGGAACCCCUCAUAUCUUUCCCUGCCGGUGGAUUGUUUCCCUUCUUAAGACAUCCUUUUAGUUAUCCGUUCCAAAUGGCUCUAAGGAGCUGGAUUUUUAAAGCUGCACUAGCACCGUACUGUCCCGUCUCCAGCCUGUGGAUGGGGCGGGGGUUGAACUAGAAAGUUGCUGUGCUAACUCCAGCCAAUGAUGUGCUGUUAGCAGAGAUUGGGAGCUGGCGGGCUGGGUGGGGAGAACUUCAAGCGACGGAGGGACAAAUGGGAGCAUUCGGCCACGGAUUCAACUCCUUAAAUAAAUGAGACAAUGCCUCUUAAGAAAAGGCACGAAAAGGGAAAGGGUUGGGGGGAGUUUGCUUAUGAUCUCUGUUUCACUGUUACUAGCCAUUACAUGUCCACGGCUGUUCCUUCAGCCGCACACACAUGCACACAGCGGUGGCCGGUGGCUCUGAUGUCACUGGCAUGGUGGAUCCGCUCUGGGUUUCCGUCAGAAUGCUAAAGGAACUAUCUAAGGUGCAGAUAGCUCUUUUAGAGUUUUGACUGAAACCCAGAGCGGAUUCACCGCCCCAUUGACAUUGGAGCCACCAGCCUCCACUGAUGUUCAUCUGGGUCUCUUGUUGGACCUAUCUUUGUAUCCACUCAACUGGUAGCCAUCGGGGUUUCUAAGACUUGCCUUUAAUCCAAAUUGCAACCCAUCUUCUCUGCUUCCUUAGUGGUAGUUGUUGCAAAGGCUCCCAAUGGCAGCCAUUUUCAAUUUCUUCUGAUGGCCUAAAUUUGGGCCAGCCUGUAGUCUUGCAAAAAUCCUAGGACUACGUCGUCCAGAUUAAAAAGGCUUGGUUGAUCAAGGCUUAGGGUGUAAAGUGGGUCACUGGACACUCUGACUAGUUUGUAUAAGGUUCAUCUUUGUUUGCAAGUGAAAAUGAGCAAAGCUGGUGAUCCUGAUAUGAUGGAUUCAACAAAGUUCUCAACUUUUGGGGUGGGUGGGGGCAGGGCUCCUGCACCUUCUAACAACUGCCAGAGAUGCACUAGGUGCAGUUUUUCCCAGCAUGCAGAUGCAGUGAUGAGAAAAAGCGUUUGCUUUCCCAUGUUCUUUUAAUGCAAUUAUUAAAAACACAGGCAGCUCUAGAUGCCACCUGCAACACACACCCUGUCCUAUUUUGUGAUAAAAUCUUGUCUCACUUCAGUUUUCAGUGCACACUGAUAACUCUGCAAAGUCUUACUGCAAAAGUGGUACAGAAAAUGUGGUGUGAUCCCUUUGAAUUUCAGACCGAGCUCUGUUUGAAUAGGCAUAGCUUCAGUCAGUAUCUGAAAUUCCCCUGUGGACUGGUGGUAGAAUCCCAAAUGUAAGUAUAGGCAACCUAGUGCUCUCCAGACGUUUUGGAUUACAACCUCCAUCAUCCAUGAACAUGGGCCAUGCUGGCUGGGGCAUAAGGGAGCUGUAGUCCAAAACAUCCGGCGGGCACCAGCUUGCCAACCUGUGCCCAUAUACAUGGGAUUUUGAUUAUUCUGUAUCAAUAAAUGUGGUGUGUACCUUUAAGAUCAGAUAAUUUUUUCAGGAAAGGCUACCUGCAGCUUACAGGUGUUGCAAACCGGCAUUCAGGGAGCUACACAAUAUCCCAGUGCAGAUAAGGCCUAUCUCUGCUGCCAUCAAACUCCCUCCAGCAAUACAUGGCACAGAACUCUGACUUGGCCCAAAAUCCUGGCCCUGUUUAGCAGGUCAUGAGCAGAGCCUCUGGGCCUUCUUUUUUGUCAUCCAAUAAAAGCCUUUGUUAGACUCCCUCUAACCCUGCCAGUUAGGCAAAGUAUUUCACCACACAAUGAGACAAAUUGCUGGCAGAAGCCCUUCUUGCCGAUGGAUGUGAAAUCCCCCCCGCUCCACCUUUCAACUGGGUUUAAGAGCCUCUUGGAAUAAAAGGCAACAUGAUGUUUACAGCUGAGUCAUAAACCCCCUGAUGGUUUGGAGUGACUUGUAAUACAGGGUCCUGCUGGUCGGUGUACAAUUUGUGAAGUUUUAUGUAGCAGCAAAGCAAAGAAACAAAUUGCCUUUGGGUAUUUAGAGCUAGUGGACCUUGAGCAGUCACAGAAUGGGCCGUUACCGUCUCCCACGGUUUACAGUGCCUGUUGGCUGGGGAUGAUAGUUGUUGUAGUCCAGGACCUCUGGAGGGCCCUGGGUUGGGGAAAGCCGCUACAGGUUAUCAAGCAUUAAUGGUGUGUGAAAGCGAGCUGGCAGGCAGGAGAGGGCAAGAGUUGUGCCAAGGAGCAUGGGGAAAGUGUGGUAGUGUUAAGAUGAGACUUUGCAGCUCUUUGGGGGUUGUUUUCCCAGUUGUGCUACAGCUCCCGUUGCGGAGCAGGGUUCGAGCAUUGUGCAGCCUGAUCCUAUUCCUCCUUACGUGGAAGUAUGUCCCAUUCAGCUACAUGGGACAUACUCCCAUAUAAGUGUAAACAGGAUUGUCCCCUUAAUCCAGUGUUUAGGACCACCCCUCCCCGUGCCCUCUCUGGGCACCUUUGUCCAGUCUCUUCCUACCAGGGUAGUUCAACUUUCCACUCAGCUAGGCUUUUUUGUUUUUUUUUGCACAGCUCCUGUGCCUUUAACCCCUCUGUGGCAUGUAACAGUGGUUGUAUUGCCACAACCACCACCGCUGCUCCUUGCCUGUCUCUGUUUCGGCACUAGAUUGGUAAUUGGGGGAUAGAUUUGGCCUGAUGAUAUCAAUUUGGGGUUCACUAAGGGGGAUGUUGAUGUUAUCAUGACCUUGCGAUGCCUGUGGGUGCAAGCAAGUCGUAGAUCAGGUGGCUGGCACUGUGGAUUGUGGUCUGACUCGUAAGUCAGUGUGAAUUUGGGCCAUGGGACCAUGUAUUUUCCCCAAUGUUUGCUUGACUUUUCUUGUUGAAGUCCUUGGCCUAACUGUUUAGUCUGGGGGUCGGGAGCCUCAGGACCUCCUGGGGUCCCAGUCCAGCCCUCUGGGGUUCCCCAGAUGGACAUACCCCUUCCCCAUUCUAAAAGGUCAAAUACCAGGACAAAUAAAAGGAAGGACUUCUUCACACAGCGCAUAGUUAAAUUAUGGAACUCACUACCACAAGAUGUAGUGAUGGCCACCCAUUUGGAUGGCUUUAAAGGCGGGGUUGGAUAAAUUCCUGGAGGCGAAGGCUAUCAAUGGCUACUAACCCUGAUGGUUGUGUGCUAUCUCCAGUAUUCGAGACAGUAAGCCUGUGUGCACCAGUUCCUGGGGAACAUGGGUGGGAGGGUGCUGUUGCACCAUGUCCUGCUUGUUGAUCCCUGGCCGAUGGCUGGUUGGCCACUGGGUGAACAGAGUGCUGGACUAGAUGGGCCCUUGGUCUGAUCCAGCAGGGCACUUCUGAUGUUCUUACCUCUCCUAAGGCUUAAUGGCUGGCAGUAAGAACUUUAAGCUACAAUGUGCUGGCAUUUUGGCGAUGCCCCUUUUGCCUCUUGCCUCACCCACUUCUGGAAUGUCACCCCCAAGCCUCUUCAAAUGGAAGUUGGCCCUUGGGCAGAAAGAAGUUCCCCACUCCUGAUUUAUUCUAUACCCACAAUUGCAAAAAAAGGGGGGAGGCCUAAGUGUGUUUAGUUACAUUUGCCCGCCCACCCCUCCUUAUCCUUGCCUCUCCCACUCUUCCCCUCCGUGUUUUUACCUUCAUCUCACAUCUGCUGAUGCUCUCACACUGUCAAAAUUUAGACUGCAGCUUCAUGGGAUGGAGGGCAACAACCUGUAUUUUUUUUUCUUACCAAACUCUGUAAGGGGUCCUUGUACAUUGAUAGUGCUGUAUAAAUAAUAAUUAAAAUGUAUGCAAGCUUC